CACACACACACACACACACUCACACACUCUGACAGACACACACACACAGGAAGCUCUUACAGAAAGCUGUGUGUGUUUGUGUGUCACUGAUCUUCCUGCUGUCUCAUCAUGCUCCUCAAAUCAUGUUGCAUCUACAGCACCGGAGUCUUUUCUAUGUUCAUUUUAAUCGCUGGAAUCGCUUUGGUGCUUUCGAACGUGUUCCCACUUUUUGUGCAGUCGAUGGUUAAAAAGCAAGUAGUUUUGGAGAAUGGCACAGAAACGUUUGAGGCCUGGGAGAAUCCACCGGCGCCGAUCUACAUGCAGUUUUACUUCUUUAAUGUGACCAAUCCCCUGGAGGUGCUGGAAGGGGACAGACCUGCGGUGGUGGAGAUUGGACCGUAUACAUACAGGGAGUAUCGACCUAUGGAGCAAGUCAACUUCCUGGACAACGACACGAAAGUAGCAGCAGUCAACACUAAAACCUACAUAUUCCAGCCGAACAUGUCCCGAGGUCCAGAGACUGAGCUCAUUCGGACAGUCAACAUCCCUGCCAUGACGGUGAUGGAGAUGGUCAAGGACAGCACUUUUGAAGCAAAUUUGGUCUCCUCCUACAUGAAGGCUACCGGUGAAGGACUGUUCACCACCCGCACAGUGGGGGAGCUGCUGUGGGGAUAUGAGGACCCCCUGCUCAAAGCCCUCCACGUUAUAAAACCGGAACUGGAUGGUGUUUUCGGACUCUUCUAUAAGAGCAAUGCCUCCAACGAUGGUGAUUAUGUUUUCUUCACUGGGCAGCAGAACUACAAGGACUUUUCCAGAGUGGACACGUGGAACGGGAAAAGCUCGUUGAACUGGUGGACGUCUGAUGAAUGCAACAUGAUCAAUGGAACCAACGGAGCGUUUUUCCACCCAGUCGUCACCAAGAACGAGACUCUCUACAUGUUCACCUCCGACCUGUGCAGGUCUCUUUACACCUUGUAUGAGGGGGAUGUGACCGUGAAGGGGAUCAACGGGUAUCGCUUUGUUCCCCCCAGCGAUGUUUUUGCCAACAUGAGUGUGAACCCAGCAAACGCCGGCUUUUGUGUCCCGGCUGGAAAGUGCCUGGGCUCUGGGCUGCUGAACGUCAGUGUGUGCAAACAAGGCGCUCCCAUCAUUAUGUCUUCACCACACUUCUACCAGGCAGAUGAGCAAAUUGUAAACGAUGUCUUUGGCAUGGUGCCUAAGAAGGAGUACCACGAGACGUUCAUCGAUAUCAAUCCGCUGACAGGAAUCAUUCUGCAGGCGGCGAAGCGGCUCCAGAUCAACGUGUACGUCGAGCAGCUUCCCGCCUUCAGUCAAACCGGAAACGUGAGGACAGUGGUCUUUCCUGUGGUUUACCUAAAUGAGAGCGUGGUCCUUGAUGACACAUCAAUCUUGAAGUUGCGGGCGAUCGCCUUGGAGCAGAAUGUGGUGGUGAACAUUCCAUUCAUGCUGAUUGGUGUUGGCAUCAUUCUGGGUGGAAUCUUCAUGUUCUUGAUGUGUCGACUCAAGGAAACUGAGAGCACUCCUGCUGAGCGACAGCCACUGCUCUCAUCAUAGCACCAAACUGCAAGUGAAAAAAAGACGGCUGCCUAAUCUCAGUAGAAUUCAACAUUUCAACAGUUCAGCGGCUCUAAGGGCUUUAACCAUUGACCCCCAAGUAACAGUUCACAGUCUCCAUUGUAAACUAGGAUUCCUGUAUUAUUCUAAUCUAAUGGUUUAAUAAGUCUUUUGUGUCGUUUGUUGCUCGGUUGGAACUAAUGUUUUAAUUAGUGAUGAUGUUUAAAUCCCUUUUUUAUAUAUUAGGUUCUUUAAUUGAGUGUUUUUGUUUUUAUUUAUAAGUAUGGGAUUUUAAACAGAUAAAAUCCUCAGGCAAAUUCUAAAUCAGAUCCAGUGUCAUGUUGAUAUCGAAGGAGUUUGAUGUCUGGAGAAAGUUUAGUUGAAUGUUUUUUGUUGAGACGAGUCUUCAGCUCUACCAUGAACCAGAUGAAUUUCAUUUUAAAACCAAGUUGUGGAUCGUAGCUUUCAGUGAAAACACAUUAAUCAACAUGUAAAUACUCCGACAGCCAAAUAGUAUUGCUUCAACAUUAGUGGUAAAUAAAGGCUCAGUUUGUGUCAUCCAUAAAGGAAUAAACUCGUAGUUUCACCCACUACUUCCAACACGUUGUUAUGAGAGUGUGAUUUUUCAUUCUACUGAUAUUAUGUUAAAGUCAGUGUAUAAACCGCUUCCUGCUGAUAAACGUUUGCCAAAUAACAUUAUAUAAUGUUUUUUCAAAACCACUAGGCAUGAUGUAUGGUUUGUGAGGUUCAUGUCUGCACUUUCUAGCUAAUGGAUUUUCUAUCCAGCACUAUACAGGAUGUCCCUAUAAGGUACUGUUUUUAACCAUUGUUCAACACGCACCUCUGUCAAGCUUGUCUCAUGUUGUGACGUUUGUCUUGUACGUUAGAGAUCAUGUUUACACUUCUGCUUCUACAUAUUUAACUCAGUAUGUAAUAACAGGUUACUCCUAACAGGUCACAUAUCUAUCACUUGUCACAAUGUCUCGUCACUACUUCAAUAAACUGUGUGUGAUUCAUUGAA